AUGAAUGACCAUAUACGCCGUGGUUUGGACGCCCUGGAGCAACGGCAAAUCAAAGACCUCGCAGUUGACGCUCCAUAUGAUCGCGUCCUCGGCCACGCCAUCAUGGCGUUUUACGCCCUGAGGCUCAUGAGCUUCGAAAGGGAAUAUGUUCACACUCUCGAGGCUAAAAUCUGGGGCCCACAUGUCAUCUGUCGUGUCGGUGUCCGAAGAGCAGAACGGCGGAUGAAUCUGGCGGUCGUUCUUCAGAACCUGAAGGUGGGCUCUGCUGUCCUCUCAGGCAAAGAAGCCAUGGCUCCCAACAAAAAUGAUCAUCGCUACGAUGCCCUCCCUCCUAUCCCGACCUAUGAUGAAGCCAUUGGUGGCAAUAGCCGGUCCGCUCUCGAUGAAACCCACUACGAUCGCACCGCUGCUUCGCCAUACGAUGCACACGACGACAGCGACUACGACUCCGAUGGCCUCCCCAACACCCGCGGCAGAUCAAGCACCACGAACGGCACCGCGCGUUCGCAGCGAAGACCGGGUGGCUACCGACCACCAACAGUCGAGACCGAUGAUGAGGAUUCAGGGUCAGACGCUGGCGCGGAGGAUGACUUAGUUCGGAGGGAGAUGCAAGAGUUGGAAAUAGACGAUGGCGCCAGCACCCGCUCAUCAUUAUGGUCAAAACGGAUACCCUUUUCAUUAUCCCUACCGCAGUGGAAAUGGUCUUGGCGCUGGCGAUUACCAAAAUUACCGUCUAUAAGGCUGGGCGAAAGAGCAAACGGUGGUAGCAAUACGGAAAAUGAAACACCAAGGCGGCGAUGCUCUCCAGCUAUGGACUCCACUGCAACAUUUCUCCUGGUUGGGCGCGUAUUGGCCAUCUUAGUCGUCAUGGGCUUUCUCUGGCUCUUGUUCAUGAGCGACCUCUUCUCCAACAUGACGAGGCGGCUCGGCGGUGGCCAGAUGUUUGAUCCCGAGAGCGUCCGCAUACAUGUUCAGAGCAGUGUCGAUCGAGCGCAGAUACGGGAGAACUUGAAGCAUUUUACUUCGUAUGCGCAUCUUGCUGGCUCUGAAGGGGACUUCGCGCUGGCGAUGGACACCAAGAAUCUAUUUGUCCAAUACGGGUUGGAGGAUGUGACCGUGGACGAGUACUACGUAUACCUAAACUACCCAAAAGCCGACGGGCGCGCUGUGGAAAUCCUCGACGCCCAAAACAAACCAGUGUGGGCUGCGAAGUUGGAAGAAGGGGAGACGGGUGGUGAGACUGCUGGCCACCAGACGUACGUUUUUCACGGGCAUUCGAAAUCAGGAACUGUUCAGGGGCCGUUGAUCUACGCAAAUUACGGCUCGAGGGAGGACUUCAAGAAACUGUCCGACAGCGGGAUCGACACCAAGGGGGCGAUUGCAUUGGUGAAAUACUACGGUACACAAGGCGAUCGCGCGCUCAAAAUUAAGGCCGCAGAGCUCGCCGGCUUCGCCGGCUGCAUCAUUUACAGUGAUCCCCGAGAUGACGGCUUUCUACGGGGCGACGUCGCCCCAGACGGACGCUUUAUGCCUGCGGAUGGCGUGCAGCGUGGUGGCGUCAGUUUGAUGAGUUGGGUGGUUGGUGACGUCUUGACUCCAGGUUGGGAGAGCAAGCAGGGACUCCCUCGAUUGAAGCCGGAUGAAUCUGCGGGGCUGGUGAACAUCCCAAGCUUGCCUCUGGCCUGGCGCGACGCUCAAGUGUUGUUGCAGCACAUCAAGGGGUUCGGUCAGCCGGCCCCGGAUGAGUGGAAGGGUGGAGUACCAGACAUCGGCGAGUGGUGGACUGGCAAUUUGUCGGGGCCGGUCGUGCGCCUGAGAAACGAGCAGGACGAGGUUGCCGACCAGCCAAUCUGGAACGUCUACGGCCGCAUAGUGGGUAUUGAGCAGCCCGAAAAGUCCAUCAUCAUCGGCAACCAUCGUGACGCUUGGUCCUACGGCGCCACGGACCCUGGAUCCGGCACAGCAGUGAUGAUGGAAUUGGCCCGCAUUUUUGGCGACUUGCUUGAUCGCGGCUGGCGACCAUUGCGUACGAUCGAGUUCAUGUCGUGGGAUGCCGAAGAAUAUAACUUAAUUGGGUCUACCGAAUUCGUUGAGAAAAGCCUCGAGCGCUUGCGAAAGGACGGAUAUGUUUACAUCAACGUGGAUACCCCCAUCGGGGGCGACGAGUUCCACGCCUCUGGCAGUCCCGUCUUCCAAAAGAUCUUAUACCGCGUCAUCGACCGCAUUUAUGACCCAAAUUACAAUACAACGCUCCGGGAGCUGUGGGACCGCCGCAGUGGCGAGCUGGAGGGCCUCGGUGCCGGGAGUGAUUAUGUUGCGUUCCAAGAUAUCGCAGGAACGUCGUCCCUGGACCUCUAUUUCCAAGAGUCCGACGGCCUGCCGAGCCACCCGUACCACUCAAGCUACGAUAAUUUCGACUGGAUGGACCUCGUCGGUGACCCUGGCUUCGUGUAUCACGGCAUGCUGGCAGAGCUCAUGGGACUCAUCAUUCUGGAACUGUCCGAUCGGCCAGUUCUUCCUUUCGACAUGGCUGCUUAUGCCAACGCACUAUACAAAUGGACCAAUGAGCUAUCUGACUGGGCGGAGAAGAGAGCUGUCAACCAAGACGGAAAGGCGAUCCUCGAUAUGAACGUCCUUAAGAAGGCGGCCCUCGGGACCAUCGAUGCAGUCGGGAGUUUCCAGGACUGGGAGCAGGUCUGGCAGAACAGUGUCCUGGCAGCGAACGGGUGGGAGCCCAUCGGCCUGGGCCAAAAAAGGACGGAGUACAAUGACCACAUGGCGAAUUUUGAAACCGACCUCCUGGAUCUGGCCAGGGAUGGUGGUAUUCCCAACCGUACACAAUUCCGACACGUAGUCUUUGGUCCACAGCUCUGGUCUGGCUACGACGAGGCAUUCUUCCCCGCCAUUCGCGACGUUGUCGAGAGCGGCAACUGGACGCUGGCCAACAUCACCGUUGAAAAGACGGCGCGCAUCAUGAGGGAUGCUGCCACGGCGCUGAAGAACUGGUCCUAG